AUGAGUCGCGAAAAGUACACAGUCCCUGAUGGUCUGCGUCCUCUUCUGGAGGCUCUGGCAAGGGAGACGAUCCGAGCGCAGCCAAAAGAAGUUGCUCGUUUUGGCUUCGUUUUCUUCGACGAACUCGAACGCCAUCGCAAAAAGUGAGUUUAUUCCAGGAAUUCGCGGUUCUUGAUCCUUUCACUAUAAAAUGAUCAUAUUCGAACAUACAUAUGGUUGAAAAAAUAUUCGAAAGGCCAAGAAUGCAAAUUGAAAAUUAUUACUUGAAACGGCAAAGUUUCCGACACAAAAAAAUAUUCUAAAAAUUUUCAACCGGAUAGGGCUGGUCGAUCAACUCAAACGCACAUUAUUUAAUGAAACCGUCUAAAACCCUCGUUGAUGUAUUAGAUAAAAAUCGGGAAAGUGUCAACCUACAAAACUGCCUUGAAGUUCUAAAUUAUCACACACGUCAGCGACGUUUCGCGCGUCGGUUUUUAAGAAAUACUUUUUGUAGUUUGCGGUUUCUAGAGUCUUUUCCUGGUAUAUUAUAGGCUAAUUUGACUGAUAUUCGGAGUGUGUACAAUUUCUAAGUAAAGUAAAUCGUGCAGAAAAGAUUUAUAUAACCAUCCGAUUGUUCUCAUUUUUGAAACGUUUUCUAAAAUUCUUGAUUUAUGGCCCUCAACACGUUGUUUGCACGAAAAGAACGUCAGAGAUGACAGUAAGUAUAGCCAAAGACCAGCUAAGCCUCCAACGGGUUAUGCAAAUUUGUUUGGGAAAUGCUAGCAGUACGGAAGUAUGAAAGGCUCGUCGAAUAUUGCAUCAAACAAAAUUUUCGAAAACAGCCCUCUCUCGGUCAAAAAAUAUGCAAAGCCUUCUCUUCUAGCCGCUCAAAAUUUCAACCAUCUGGAAGUGUUUGUUUCAGACAACCCCAGCUCCGAGAUCAUUGCCGACCCCGUUGCCUACGAGAUGUUUCGUACCGAUUUGCAACGACGAGUGAGUCACUUUUACAUCUUCAAAACUUUUAGACCCUCUUAAAUUUUCCAUUAGAAUUGACACGAUCGAACAAACAAAAAGAAUCGUUAAGUGUUUCUUUGACGACAUCAUAUACUUCACGUCGAACCUACCUCAAUGACUUUCUUCUUUUCCAGAAACUAAUCACUUUUUCGGUAUGACUAAUUGAAAAUCUCUCUUCAUUAAUGAUUAACGGAAAAUUUUCACGAAGCUGAUCAUUGAAGCCCUAUGUUUGACCGUUUCGUUUAGAAAACGAAUGACGAGUAAAUUCUUGAGAGAAUAUUUCGAUUGAAUAUGUUUAUAAACAUCGAGGGUCCCAUCGCGUGCGUCCACAUUUUCUACGCUGCUGUUCUUUUCCCAUUUUUCCCAAGUAGUUCCACCAACUUCUUUUUAAUAUAAACGUUGAUGAAUAUACAAUUUUUUUAUAAUAAGAAUUUGAUUGCAGUUUGCCCAAGAAAAAAACGGACCAAGAACGGUGCGAAAGUCCUUUGGAUCAAGCGGCAACGAAGAUCCAAGCAGCUUUCAAAGGUCAUUUGGUGAGAAGUUUCCUCUGAGAACUCAGAAAACUCCAUUUCUCUAGGUUCGUGCUCACCCUGAAAAAUUUGGAGUUGAGAAAGUGAUGUCACGCACGCAGUCAAGUGAGAAAAUGGAAGCAUUCAACAAUCGCAAAGAUCUCAAGUAAGUCUAGAAACGUGGAAAAAUGAAAAAAAUUUGAAAUCAUUUGCAACAAAAUACUUGUAGGAGGCACUCCGUGGGAGGUUACUCUAUCGAGUCGGACUCUCCUGAAGAUCGUGCUGCCACCAAGAUUCAAGCCGAGAUCCGAGGUUUCUUGGCUCGCAAGCAGGUGGAAAAAAUGAAGAAGGAGGACAACGACGCGGCUGUCAAAAUUCAAGCCCGCAUUCGGUACGAUUGCUUUGGGUUUUCAUCAUCAUCAUCAUCAAUAUUUAUUGGUUGUUUUAGUCAGAUGGAAUCAACUAGGCGGUGAAAAAAUUGCUCUUUUGAAAGGCACUAACACCGCCUUUGGCGAAAAAGAAGUCAAAACGUGUAGUUGAUUGAAUUGAAAGCAUGGUCUUACGGUCCUUUGCCUCGUUCUACCACAAAUUCUAGGGUAGCCUCGGCUACCAUUGAGAGAGCUACCACUUCGAGUGAAGAAAAUACACGGAAUUUUGAUAAUGAAUUGAAGAAGGUGUCGGUCUUGAUUGUUUUUUUUUUUUUGAAAGAUAUCUUAACCAAACUGAGAAAUUUUUUUAAUUUUCAGAGUCUCACUUUCUACUAAUGAUACUUUUUUUUAGUGGAUUCCUAACUCGCAAACAUCUGGACGAACAAGGACUUCUGUCGCCGUCACGCAGCCGUUCCUCAUUGCACUCGAAUAACUCCGACGACCACUAA